ACUCAAUAACCUGAUACUGACAUUUUUAUGCCCCCCUUCGAAGAAGAGGGGGUAUAUUGCUUUGCUCAUGUCGGUAGGUCGGUCGGUCGGUAUGUCGGUCCGUCCACCAGGUGGUUUCCGGAUGAUAACUCAAGAACGCAUACGCCUAGGAUCAUGAAAUUUCAUAGGUAGAUUGAUCAUGACUCGCAGAUGACCCCUAUUGAUUUUGAGGUCACUAGGUCAAAGGUCAAGGUCACGGUGACCCGAAAUAGUAAAAUGGUUUUCGGAUGAUAACUCAAGAACGCAUACGCCUAGGAUCAUGAAACUUCAUGGGUAGAUUGAUCAUGACUUGCAGAUGACCCCUAUUGAUUUUGAGGUCACUAGGUCAAAGGUCAAGGUCACGGUGACCCGAAAUAGUAAAAUGGUUUCCGGAUGAUAACUCAAGAAUGCAUACGCCUAGGAUCAUGAAACUUCAUGGGUAGAUUGAUCAUGACUCGCAGAUGACCCCUAUUGAUUUUGAGGUCACUAGGUCAAAGGUCACGGUGACCCGAAAUAGUAAAAUGGUUUCCGGAUGAUAACUCAAGAAUGCAUACGCCUAGGAUCAUGAAACUUCAUGGGUAGAUUGAUCAAGACUCGCAGAUGACCCCUAUUGAUUUUGAGGUCACUAGGUCAAAGGUCAAGGUCACGGUGACCCGAAAUAGUAAAAUGGUUUUCGGAUGAUAACUCAAGAACGCAUAUGCCUAGGAUCAUGAAACUUCAUAGGUAGAUUGAUCAUGACUCGCAGAUGACCCCUAUUGAUUUUGAGGUCACAAGGUCAAAGGUCAAGGUGACCCGAAAUAGUAAAAUGAUUUUGGGAUGAUAAAUCAAGAACGCUUUUGCCUAGGAUCAUGACACUUCAUAGGAACAUUGAUCAUGACUCGCAGAUGACCCCUAUUGAUUUUCAGGUCACUAGGUCAAAGGUCAAGGUCACAGUGACAAAAAACGUAUUCACACAAUGGCUGCCACUACAAGGGACAGCCCAUAUGGGGGGCAUGCAUGUUUUACAAACAGCCCUUGUUUUACAGUUAUCUUGUAAAAUAAAUUGAGGACUUUUUCAAUGAAAAUAUAAAAAACUAAUUGAACUUUUGUCAUGGAAUUAGGUACAUAGAUGCAUUCCAUCAACACUUUAUUGAGAUUGCAGCUGAGGUCAAUGUCAUUCUGACUAAAUUUAGUUAAAUUGUUUCCACUAAAAAUAUUUGAGAGAUUGAAACUAGGAUCAAAAAUGCAUUAUAUCCAGUUCUAGCAUGGAAUUGCAUGUAGGGUGUGAGGGUUCAAGGUCACUGUUAGUAGAUGAUGAUUUAUAGUGUGUACUCAAUAAUUUAAAAACAAAUUAGCAAUUAUAAUGAAACUGUAUAGACAGAUUAUUCAAAGAUAUAGACAGAUUAUUCAAAGAUUACAUAUAUACCAGUAUAACUCGUGGUAUGAGGUUGAGUAAAGUUCAUUGUAACUAAAUAUAGAAAUAGAGGAUAUUUGUUCAUGUCAGUGAAAGAUUGUUUGUUAUUUCACGAGUGAUCAUAGAAAAUAUUAUUUUUCUAUGAUCACGAGUGAAAUAACAAAGUAUCUUACACAGGGAGAAAGUGGUCAGCAAGCGAAGCAGUCGAACAAGCCAAGAAAAGACUCCAGCAAAAAAACAUUGUCGGCAUCACAGCUUUAGGUAGACAGGGGCUAGGCAGCUCCAAGAUAACAUUAUGGAGCUCUGCUGGAAACAUGGAAAGGAGGAGAAUGGUGCAAGAUGAAGUCAGAGCAGCAGAAGAAGAAGACAGAAGAGCGAAAGCUGUGUCUAUGGGUGCCCAAGGUGCGUGGACAAAGUGGACAACGACAGAAAGAAAACUGACCUGGGCUGAUAUUUGGAGCUACAAACCUCUGAGGAUAGCGUUCCUGCUCAGAUCAGUCUAUGACCUGUUACCGUCGCCCUCAAACCUGCACAGAUGGGGUCUACAGGACCACCUCAAGUGCCAAUUGUGUGACAAGACAGGAACCAUGGAACAUAUUCUGUCCUCGUGUACCACAGCCCUCACCCAAGGACGCUACAGGUGGAGACACGACAGUGAUCUUCAGGAACUCGCUGACAAGUUGGAGCGAGAGAGGACCAAGAAGAGGCCCAGACAGAAACCCCAAAUGAUUCAGUUCGUGAAGGAAGGACAAAAGGAAUCUAAAAAACUGCAGCCUACCAGUUCUGUAUUAGAUGAAUCUGAUCAGUGGGAAAUGUCUGUUGACCUGAAGCAAAAGCUAGUGUUCCUGAACAUUAUGCAGACAACAUUAAGGCCUGACAUUGUGUUGUGGUCCACUAAAGAUAAGUGUCUGAUCAUGGUUGAACUGACAGUCCCUUGGGAAUCUCGUUGUGAAGAGGCCUUCGAACGGAAAAAGGCCAAGUAUACAUACCUGCAAGAACAGUGCAGAGAGAAAGGAUGGCGAGUGUGGCUCUACCCUGUGGAAAUCGGCACUAGAGGAUUCCCAGCACAGUCGCUGUGGAGAAUGUUCAGUGCCUUGGGCAUCAAAGGAGCAGACAGGAAGAGAGCAGUGGGCAAACUGAUCCUAGCAGCAGGAAGGGCAUCCAGUUGGUUGUGGAUGAAGAGAGAGGAGAGGAGCUGGAAGCCUACCACAAACACGUAGUGUCUGAUCAACACUGCGGGCCCGCCGCCUGGAGUGUCCUGUGAUUAAAGGGCAGAAACACUUGUUGAUAGGAGGUUCUCAGCUGAUUAUGUUGGUGGUUCUAGCAGUACAGAACUGUAUCUCACUCACUGACAUGAACAUUUUUUUUUUGUUUCUUUUAUGCCCCUUUUUCAAGAAAAUAAUUAACAGCUGUUUCCCUUUCGCUGAAAAGUUACGCUUUCUCGGAGUUUCUCCUGUGGCGUGCCUCAAUACAUUUCAAAACACAAAAUGACAUCUAGUAUGAAGAGAUGACGUCAUUAUACCAACGAAAUUUUCCAGUUAGACUCUUACAAUGUAAAUAAACGGGGAUAAAGCAUAAAAUAAAGAUAAAAUUUGUUGGAUUUGGUGGAAUGUCGAUUUUAAUUCACU